UUGGUGGGAAAUAAUGAUCUCAUGAACAUGGAUGUGGGAUUCCUUGAGCUCUCAGAAAUAAAGAGAUGCAGGUGUUCCCAGGGACGUUGCAUUGCACAGCAGUGGAGGGUGCAGGGCCAUGAAGUACAGCAGUGGAGGGGGCAUGACCACAGAGCUCUCCUGUGACAGAGAGCACGGGGGGAGAAGAAGAGGGCUUCUUGGUCAAAAUGGAUCCCAACAGGGAGGCCAACAACGGCAGUGAGAAAGAGAAGGAAAAAGAGAAAGUGGUCAAGAGGAGAACCAGGCCUAACUUCCUGCGCUACAUGCACUUGGAGAGGAGGAAGACGGACACCAUCGUGGUGGCCAACGAUGACACCGCCGCCGACAUUAAAGGUGACAUCAACCUUGGGACCCUGGUGCGGAGGAGUCAGUCGGACAAAACGGAGUACAGUGCCAAACUUAAAGAGAAAAUGGCGCCCCUGUCCCCCCUGUCGUCAAUCCUGGCCUCUCCGGCCCUCGACCCCGCGGAGGUCCGCCUGAGGAAGAUGAGCCGCAGGUCAAAGGUCAUCCAGGAGCUGGUGCAGACGGAGAGGGACUUCCUCACCGACCUGGAGCUCUGCAUCAGAGAGGUGGUCAAGCCCCUCAGAGACAGACAGGUGGUGGACGUGGAUCGUCUGUUUACUAACAUGGAGACAGUGUGUGAGGUGUCGGCCGCGCUGCUCCACCGGCUGCAGGAGGCCACAGCUGAGCCAGACCCUGAGGCACUAGUCAUAGGGGAAGUGUUCAUUCAGGCCAAAGCAGCGCUGGAGGACGUCUAUAAAAUCUACUGCUAUCACCACGACGAUGCGAACUCUUUACUCAAGUCCUAUGAGAAAGAGGAAGGAAUCAAGCAACAUUUCAUCACCUGUGUGUCAUCACUGAAGCGGAUAUACGACCAAGAGGGGAAACCCAACCUGCUGGACAUGGGUUCUCUGCUCAUCAAGCCGGUCCAGCGGGUCAUGAAGUACCCUCUGCUGCUCGGGGAGCUGUGGCAGGCCACGCCCAGCGAUCACCCUGACAACAGGCCCCUCCAGGAGGCUCUGACCGCCGCCAAGAUCAUCAACGUCAACAUCAACGAGUUCAAGAGGAGGAAGGACAUCGUGAUGAAGUACAAGAGGACCGAGGAGGAUGGGGGGACACUCAUGGGUAAACUGAACAAGUUCAGCAUCCACUCUAUCAGGAAGAAGUCUGACAGGCUCACAGGAUACCUCAAGAUCCUCACAGGUGUGGAGCCACAGGUGAGAGAUGAGGUGUUCGACAAGGAGGAGAAGCUGUUUAGGAGUCUGGAGAAAGCAGUGAGACAACUAGUCAAGAACGUCCACUGUUACCUGAUACACAUACAGGAGAUGGUAGGUGUCGCGGUCCAGAAUGCUGCAGACCUGGAGGACAUCAUGAAGGAUCCAGACAAAAUAGACACAAACAGUACUCAGCACCUGAAGAACGGCAACAACCCAUACAAGCACUUUGUUACCGGCUCUUCUCCUCUCUUCUCUCUCCUGCUUGUCAGCCUGUCUAUCCUUUCUUCCGUGGACGCUGUUCACUUGUGGGGCCUGCUUGCCCUAGCUGUGCCCUCCUGCGCUUACACGGCUCCCUCUCUCUCUCUCCACUCCUCCGUCAGAAAAGAGAGGAUGGCACAUCUGGUCCUGGCACCCCUCUCCUCUCUCCAAGGCAUGUUCGCUGCCCCGCAGAAACUCAUCCAGAAACGCUACGACAAACUAUUGGACUACUGCAGCCGCCUGGAGCGCUCUCCCUCCUCCUCCACGUCUUCUGCCUCUUCUUCUUCCUCCUCUCCAUCACCUGUAUCCGAGGACCAGGGCCAGGUUGCGGCGCGGCGGGACUACGCAGCCCUCAAUGCUCAGCUGGUGGAGGAGCUGCAGAGAUUCAACAUGGCCGCCCAUACUAUUUUGUCCAACUGUGUCCUCUGCCUGGUGACCCUGCUGAAAGGCCUGAUGGACACGGCCUGCCACCACGCACCCUCCAUACAGCAACUACCGGCUCCUUUGUCCAACAUCAGUGAAGUCCAAAGCAGCAUCAUGGAAGAGCUCAACAACCUGACUGUCGUCAAGGACAACGCACAGACUCUAAUAGAACGCAAAGUCAGCUUCGAGAAAACAAAGAAAAUUUUAGCUGUCCCAGAGAUCCAGCGUCAGACAGAGGGCAACAGGGCCAGGCUGCUGGACGAGUAUCCAGCUGACAGGCUGUUCCAGCUGAAGAGGAACUGUAACGGGUGUCAGGAGCAGGAUGUCAGCCUGCUGGAGGGGGAGCUGGUGGGCCUGCUGGAGGACACAGACCCCCUGGGGAGCCGGGGCCGCUGGCUGGUUGACACGGGCAGUACCCAGGGUUACGUGUACUCAUCCUUCCUGAAGCAGUACAACCCCAACAGGGAUCAGGGUCGACCAGGUCAGGGUACAGGUACGGGGAUCACAGAGCCCCAGCAGCCGAUCGUGGUGCUGGACGAGGACUUUGACAACCUCAGCCUGUUUGUGUCGGGUAGCGGGAGGAACAACAGCAUACGGAGCCGGAGCAGCAUACCUAACUUCAGCCUCUACAACACCUCCAGUACCUCGCUUGACAGAUGCUCCACCCCGUCCAGCCUACAGGGCGACACAGAGCCAGACAUUCACCAGGAUGUGGACACAGAGCCAGACAACCAGCAGUUUUAUGCGGUGUACGGGUUCCAGGCACGCUGCGACCAGGAGCUGACCAUGCAGGAGAACCAGCAUGUGAGGAUCCUCAAGUUCAGCGACCUGGGAGGCAACAAGGACUGGUGGUUGGCCGAGGCCAACGGACAGAAGGGCUACGUCCCAGCCAACUACCUCGGCAAAAUGUCAUACGCAUAAAGGAAUAGAUUGGGAUUAAGAAGGCCCAGUCCCAAAUGGACUCCUAGCCUCUACAGGCAGGUUUCCCAGACACAGAUUUAGCCUAGUCUUGGACUAAAAUGCAAUUUUAAUAGAGACUCACAAGGACUAGGCCAAAUCUCUGUUCAAGCUCCUUGUGGAGAUUUGAGAGCAUUUGAUAGUUGUACCGUAGCAACAUGGUGGAAAUUCCAGCUAGCAUAUCAGGGCAAGGUAGAUUUAUUACCAUAUCCUAUCAAAUCUCCACAGGCAUAGGGUCGAUUUGGGAUAGGAUUUUACUGUAAUCUGUCUGUCUAUAAAAAAAAAUGUAUUGACCAGACAAUGUAAUUAUCAAAAGAUCAUGACUGUUAAGAUUAUUGCAUAUAUGCGUUUUGCACGAAGAAUGGAGCUAUCAUUGUGCUGAGCACUUAGUAUUGCCACCUGCAGUGUUGAUGAAUUUAUAUUGUGAAUGUGUGUCGUCCAAAUGAAAAUAAUGAUUUAUUCUAAUAUCUAAUAUAUGUCAAGCAAAUGUAUUUUGAAAGAGAUCAUGUAUUUUAGAGUUAUACAAUUCCUCCAUGUAAUGUGUAUAUUUUAGAUCACUCAUCAGUGAUGAAUAAAGAGUCUUUAUCAGUG